GUUGGAGCUCGCUGACUCGGAACUUGAGAUAGAGAACCAUGGCGCUAACAUUUGGUCUUUUUGGUCAGCAAUUAGGAUAUGUAUUUAAGCCACCAACUAGGAGAGAAGCCCCCCGGAGCAGUCAGAGCCCUUUCCAGAAGAUCACGUCGUUUUCAGGUGGUGGAGAGGGACAAGCAGUGAAAGCAGAGAAGUCAGCCGAGCAGACAGAAGAUAAGGAAGGUGGAGGAGUGGAGGAAGGAGAGAAAGCCAAGAAGCCAGCUGAGCAGACAGGAAAGAAUGAAGAAUACAGAGCAUCACCUGCCCCCAGUGGAUAUGGUCAGAGCCGUGGCCGUAGGGCUGCCAAGAAAAAUAGAAGAAAAAGAUCUGGAAAAAGUGGACAAGCACGGAAAGGGGGACUGACACAAAGAUAUAAUCCAUAUGGCGGACCCCAGUCUGGUAACUCUGGGAAUGUGCAGAUGAUUCCAGUGGUGCCAUGGCCAGUAGCAGAAGUUUGCCGGGGUACAGAGAGUUGGGUGCACAACAAAGCACAUUUCAACAGUGCAGGAGUGGGUGCUGAGGAUUGCAAGAACAAAACAAUCAAAGUACCAGGCCUAGGGGAGUUGAUUAGCCAGGGUACAGAGACUCAGGUGCACAAUACACUACAAUAUUCUAACAGUGCAGGAUCCCGUGCUGAGGAUGGCCAUUACAAGUUUGAUUUCAAAAUCAAGGUAUCAGCAAAUCCAGAGUCACUUGGCCAGAUUAAAGAGACUCAGGUGCACAACACAGUACAUUCCAACAGUGCAGGAGAGGGUGCUGAGGAUUGCAAGAACAAUAUCACAGUGCCAGAAGAGUUGAUUGGCCAGGGCAUGGAAACUAAGGAGGGUAUAGAAAUUCAGGUGCACAACACAGCACAUUCCAACAAUGCAGGAGAAGGUGCUGAGGAUUGCAAGAACAAUAUCACAGAACCAGGGGAGAUGAUUGGCCAGGGUAUAGAAACUAAAGAGGGUAUAGAGACUAAGAUGCACAACACAGUACAUUCUAACAGUGCAGGAGAGGGUACUGAGGAUGACAUUGGCAAGAACAAUAUCAUAGCACAAGCAGAGUUGAUUGGCCAGGGUACAGAAACUAAGGUGCACAACAUAGCACAUUCCAACAGUGCAGGAGAGGGUGCUGAGGACUGUAAGAGCAAUAUCACAGUACAAACAAAUUUGAUUGGUCACGGUAUAGAAACUAAGGAGGAUAUAGAAACUAAGGUUCACAACACAGUAGGACUAGGAGAGGGUGCUGAUGAUUGCAAGAACAAUAUCACAGUACAAGCAGAGUUGAUCGGUCAGGGUAAAGAAACUAAAGUGCACAGCACAGUCCAUUCCCACAGUGCAGAAGAGGGUGCUGAGGAUUGCAAGAACAAUAUCACAGUACCAGUGGAGAUGACUGGUCUGGGUAUAGAAACUAGGGAGGGUAUAGAGACCCAGGUGCAUAACACAGUCCAUUCCCACAGUGCAGAAGAGGGUGCUGAGGAUUGCAAGAACAAUACCACAGAACCAGUGGAGAUGACUGGUCUGGGUAUAGACACUAUAGAAACUAAGAGUAAGAUGCACAACACAGUACAUUCCCACAGUGCAGUAGAGGAUGUCCAGCUCAAGCUUGAUUUCAAGAUCACAGUACCAGCAGAUCUGGAGUCGAUUGGUCAGGUUAAGGAGACUCAGGUGCACAACACAGUACCUUCCAACAGAGCAGAGAAUGUUCUGAGAAUGGUCAGCUGUGCUGAGAAUGGUCAGCUCAAAAUCACUGUACCAGCCGAUCCAGAGUCACUUGGCCAGGUUACAGAGACUGAGGCACACAACACACUACUUUCCCAGACUAGUACUAGUGCUGAAGACUGUACUGAGGAUGGCUGGCACAAAAUCACAGUACUUCAUGGAAAGAAAUAUGACAAGGAGUUGUUAACAUUUCUGCUGAAGACAAUGUGCCCAGUACCAUUCCAGUUUACAGACUUCCACUAUGUCAAGUCUCGUCACAUGGUUUUCUACGUUCCUGACAAGGCCACAGCCGACGACCUCCAAAGUCUCAGCAGGAAAAUCAAGACAAGGAAUGGCAAGCUUGUUAUCGUUGCCAAUCCUGAAUUACCUAGAAGUCUCCAGGCUAUGGACCAGGCUACAAUGGAGGCAAUCAAACUGUGCAUUCUGAAGAGAUUUGAUGCUGCCACCUCAACACUCAACCUGAGCAAUCUGUAUUGGGACACUGAACUACAAGCACAGGACAUCCAUGUGGUCCUGAACCAGAAGUUUUACAUGAACUCUGUCAUUUCAAUCAUCAUGGAGAUUGUGCCAGUGAUUGAUCACCUUGACAUCAGUAACAAUAGACUGUACAACCUGAACAGCCUGGCAGACUUAGUCUCCAUCAGAGAGGGUGUCACCUCCUUGAACCUUUCUCAGAAUCAGUUAAAGUGUGUUUCUGAACUGGACAAGAUCAAGGCUUGGAACCUGACUAUGCUCUGGAUGAAUGACAACCCAUUGUGGAACAAUUACUUUGAACCCUCUACCUAUUUCAGCGAUGUGAGGAAACGGUUCCCAAACAUAGUCAGGCUGGAUGGACAUGUGUACUCAGUGCCAACUGAAUCAUAGUAUCAAUAGCACAUUUGCAUCAACUUCCUGUCGUUCCACUG